AUGCUUAACUUAGAUACUCCAUUUAGGCCUCGGAAAUUGCAGACUUCUUUGACGACCAAUGCAGGACCUUCUAUAGACACACCCAAGGUUGAACCUGAACCUGAACCUAAGCCUAAGCCUACGCGUCAAGUCAAUCGUUCAUCCUUUACCAUUCUUUGGAGAAAACCCACUCAGAGGAAAAAUAAGUCCUGGGACGGCGAUGGAAUACUCUAUUUGAACUCUUCAUCCAACACGGCUACAGUUAGAGACUCUGAUGGGAUGUUUCUAGGGAGGCUUUUUAACUAUUCUAAGCACGUCUUUAACAAUCGCGUGUUUAAAUGUGGAGGAUAUGAGUGUGAGUUGAAUGAGGAGAUUGCUGAGGGUGUAUCAGUGGCUCCGGUGGCUUUAGUGGGGUCGGUGGCUUCAGUGGCUUCAGUGGGUUCGGCUGCUUUGCUGGCUCCGGCCGCUUCGACUACAAAGAGAAGUCUAAUCAGCCCUUUAACAGUGAAAAGACGCAAAAUCGUUACUCAGAUAUCUUCCAGACCUCCAAUAAAGCUGUCACAUAACCUCUCAGCCUCUCCGGAGCCCUUGUUUGAUCCAGAAACUUUUGAGAAUCCACUUAUAAUGCCCAGGCCACCUGCAACUAACAGAUCUGUUCGUGAUGUAGUGGUUGAUCCAGACCUAUCAGGAAUUCUCAGACCCCACCAAAGACAAGGAAUCGUUUUCUUGUAUGAAUGUAUUAUGGGUUAUCGUGAAUUUAAAGGCCAUGGUCAUGGUGCAAUAUUGGCAGAUGAUAUGGGACUUGGAAAGACUUUGCAAUCAAUUGCUUUGAUCUGGACUCUCAUCAGACAGACUCCAUUUGUAGGCCAGAAGCCUAUAAUUCACAAUAAAGUACUGGUAUGCUGUCCGGUGACUUUAGUCAAUAACUGGAAGAACGAGUUCCACAAAUGGCUCGGUAAAAUCAACCACAAUCGACUCAAUAUUUUGGCCAUUGAUGGAAGUCAACAAUCGUUCCAUCAAUCUGACAAGCAGAUUCUCAAAUCUUUUGCAAAUACUAAGGUAUAUCAAGUUCUCAUCAUUGGCUACGAGAAGAUGCAAUCGAUGUCUGAUGAACUUGCUGAUGCUAAAUUCGAUCUCGUUAUAUGCGAUGAAGGUCAUCGACUAAAAAACAGUUCCAACAAGGUGUUUAAAACUUUGGAAUCACUCAAUAUUCAGCGUAGAAUCUUGCUUACAGGCACCCCCAUCCAGAACGACCUGACUGAGUUUUACAAUAUUAUUAAUUUCACCAAUCCUGGCGUUUUGGGUAGCUUUAAGGACUUCCAAAAGAACUAUAUGAAGCUUAUUUUACGAUCCAGAGACCCCAACUGCAAAAAUUCUGCUAUAAUCAAAGCAGGUAACAACAAGUCAGAAGAAUUGAUUGAUCUUACCAAACAGUUUCUUCUAAGAAGAACCAAUUCUGAAAUUACUGAGUAUCUUCCAAAGAGAUCCGACUAUGUUCUAUUUGCACCACCUACAAAGCUUCAACUUGAGUUAUUUGGUGCUGUUUUAAAGACUCAAAAGUUCAAUAAAAUCCUUCAAGACGAAAGAAACGAAUUACUUCGAGACUCUCUUAGUUUGAUCACCACAUUUAGAAAGAUUUGUAAUUCUCCUUCUCUUUUAAAGGACGAUUUGUUCUUUUUAGAAGCCUGCCACGACGUGAACGACGACAAGUUUAAAUCUGACAUUGGUAGAAAGGUCAAGAGUGGUAAAAUCUUACUACUAAUGAGGCUCUUGGGACUUAUAUAUCAGAAGACUCAGGAUGAGAAAGUAGUUAUCAUCUCUAAUUUUACUCAGGUAUUGGAUAUUUUAGAGAAGACACUUGAAAGCCUUCGACUUAGUUAUACAAGGCUUGAUGGAUCCACACCUUCUAAGGACCGUGGACGCAUUGUCAAUGAAUUCAACCGAUCUUCGAAAGAUAGCUGUUUUAUAUUCUUACUCAGUGCAAAGGCAGGUGGAAUUGGGUUGAACUUGACGGGUGCUUCAAGACUUAUUAUGUUUGAUAAUGAUUGGAAUCCAUCGGUAGAUCUUCAGGCUAUGGCUAGAAUUCAUAGAGAGGGACAGAAGAAAGAAGUUAAAAUCUACAGGCUUGUUACAAGCGGCUGUAUUGACGAAAAGAUCUUUCAGCGACAGUUGAUCAAGAAGAACUUGAGUGAUCGGUUUUUGGACGACUCUGCCGGCUCUAACGAGGAUUUCUUUAACAAUUCUGAUCUCAAGGAUAUAUUUACAGUGAACCAGCACUGUCAAAGCAAUACUCAUGAUUUAAUGCUCUGCGAUUGUGAGGGAGAUGGAGAAGAAUUGAAGACCGCUGAAGAAGACCAGCCAGAUGAACGUGGCUCUCAACUCUUGGACGAGCCUCAUUUUAUGACUGCUUUGAACUUCAGCCAGAAGUGCCAAACUGAUGAACAGGCCAGCAUCGAACAGAAGCAGAAGCAGAUACAGAGGUGCCUUAAGGGUUAUCGACAUAUUAAUCCAUCAGGAGGGUGUAAAAAAGUGAGUACAGAUGACGAGAUAAUAGAUACUUUAUUACACGAACAGGACUCCAACAAGAUCUAUGUAAACUAUGUCUUUGGAAAGUACUAA